AGACGAUAGCCACUAAACAGCACUUUAUUUAUAUUAUGUCAAUUUAAGUUUUAAGUACCUACUAGUUCUUAGAAUGUUAAGAAAUAUUUUAAACAAAAACAAAGCAUAAUUAUAACGCUAUGUAACACAAAUGUAAAAUAGAAUAUUAAAAUGGAAUCAAAAUACGCUAGUACCUGGUUGAUUGCGAAAGACUUGUGUAGAUGCUGUCAUGCUGAAGGAGAUUUUUUCAAUUUGGCGACGCCUAAUACAUUUAAAGAUCGAGAAGAAAUAUACUCCGAUAUGUUAAGAACCUGUUUUGAUAUAGAGAUUGAUCCUGUGCCAGGACGUCUUUGUAUUCCAACAUACUCAAUAUGUUCAAAAUGUGUUGUAAAGUUACGUGAAGCAGUUAUUUUCAAAGAGCAAGUAUUAAAAUGUGAAAAGAAAUUCUAUGAAUUAUUAACAUCUUCAUCAAUUGCUGGGUUGACACAAAUUAAAAAGGAACCUGAAAUGGAUAGUGAAGUGUCAGCACAAAUUAAAAAGGAACCUGAAAUGUAUAGCGAAGUGUCAGCACAAAUUAAAAAGGAACCUGAAAUGUAUAGUGAAGUGUUGACACAAAUUAAAAAGGAACCUGAAACGGAUAGUGAAGAUUACAACGAUGAUAUGGAUGAUGAUUUAGAUGAUGAGAUGGAUGAUUAUAUAGAUAACGAUAUAGACAAUGACACAGAUUUAAAAAUUGAACCAGGGGAACAGAUUGGGAUUGAAGAACACCUCAAAAGACCACUUAGAUCAAGAAUUCAAAAGACAACGGAAGUGACGGAGAUUAAGGCAGCGCAGGAGUCGAAACCAAAGCCGAAGCCGAAACCGAAAAAGCCGCCGAAAGAAAAGAAGGUGAAAAAAGAAGAGAAGAAAGUAAAGAAGGAAAAAAAGAAAGAAGAUAACACGGAGAGAAAAGGCGACGACGAGUAUUCAAUAAUCGAAGAAUCCGGCGCCUACCAAUGCAGAACAUGCGGAAAAAUAUUUAAACAGAAGCGACUAUUUAUCCAACAUUAUAGAUCUGUGCACCUCAAACUGACGUCUAAAAUGACAGGCUGUCAUUUCUGCGAGCUUAAAGUGAGAGCGCAUUUGCGCGCGAAACACAUGGAAGAAAAACAUGGCGUCCCCGCGCCUACGUGCAACGCGUGCGGUCGAAAGUUUUCAUAUCCACAUCAAGUGAUACUUCAUCAAAAAACCUUUCAUAUGGGUGAAAAGAAUAUUGCGUGUCCGGUGUGUGAUAUGAAGUUUGGUUCUAAAGUGAAUUUGUACCAGCAUAAGGUCAAGCAUUCGACCGAGAAAAUACAUAAGUGCGAUUAUUGUGAUGAACGCUUUAAAUGGCGAAAGCAAUGGUCCAGGCAUAUGUUGAAGCAUAGACAAAAUUAAUUUAUAACUGUAUGUGCUAAGUUACAUAUGUGUAUACAAAGAUUCAGGAACGAAUUAAAAUUACUCCUAUAUGUCAAAUUUAUAUUUGAUGUAACUCUAAGUCUCGUUUCUGAAUCUCACUCUAAGUUUUGAAUUCGGUUGACGCAAUUUUAUAAACGUUACUAUCGUCAAGUAAGAGCGUGCGAAUAUUAUUUUAUAUUAAAAAAAAAAUUAAAAAUCGCCAGACGAAUUUGUCUAGGAAUAAAUAAUAUCGUAAAGUAUUUAAAUCUCAGGCCCCGCACUUUUUUGUUUCUGUCAGUGUACAGCUAUAGAUAGAACACAGAUAAAGAUAAAACACAUAACUAUAGUUCGUAUAUGAAUUGAUAUUUAUAUAUAAAACUAGUUUUAUAUGACCAAUAAAUUUAUACAAGAAAAAUGUGUUUUCUGUGUCGUCGUUACACAAAUGGGUUAAACCAUAACCGUAUGGUUAAAUUUAAAUUAAAAACCUCACGUUAUAUGUGCAACUUGACUUUGACACGUUCCCUAAUGUCAACGUCAAUCAACGUCGCGUGACGUAAAACAGUAAAAGGAUGUGUUUUUACUUUGCAGUAAAUAAAUAAAUAUUAAGCGAGUGGACCUUACAGAACCUGGUUAGUUUGUUAGUGGGGUAGAUACAAAUACAAAAUUAAUAUUUAUAACCUAUAAAACUGGCAUCGUGUAGUGUUGGCCCAGUGGCUUCAGUCUGCGACUCUCAUCUUCUAGGUUCGAUCCCCGGCUGUGCAUCAAUGGACUUUCUUCCUUAUGCACAUUUAACAUUCGACGUUUGAAAACGUCAACGGCUUGUCAGGCACAGGAGGCUGAUCACAUACUUACAUAUUAGAUUAACGAAUGAUCAUGAAACAGAUACAGAAAUCUGAGGUCCAGACCUAAAGAGGUUGUAACGCUAGUAUUUUUUUUAAUUUGCAUAUGCGAUCUUGCGUUCGAAUGACGGCUGUAUACCGAUGGCCUUUUAUUUCCGUGUGUAAUUAGGCAACACUUGCUGAUACGGUGAACGAAAACAUCGAUACCUUAGACCUGUAAAUUGACCGUGUGAUAGGCACAGAAGGCCUACUUUCGAAAUAUACAGAAUUUUGAGAAGACCGAGAGUAGGUACACAUUUUACACCUCAUGAUUUCUUCAAGGAUCUCUUUUG